UUGAUGUGUACAUCAUAGAUUCAAGGAAAUAAGUUCAUAUAUCUAUUUUUAUUGAGUGGUGGUUGAACUGGAAUGUAAACAAAACUGUUUUCCCUACGAGCUUUAUACCGACAUAUCUUUUCACAUUUUCAUGUACAGCUUUCAUAAGUAUAUUUUCAAAACGUGGAACGCUAAAAUACAAUAGUGAAAAGGUAUAACAGUGAUCGGAGGGAUUUAUCCGUGAAACGACGAACUUGGUAUAACUAGUCAAAGAUGGCGUUCGUGCGUCCGACUGUGUUAGAUAUUGCAGCCUUAGUAGUGACUGUUGUCUCUGUGGCUUUGCAGUACAUGACUUUCUUCUACCCCGACUGGUGGUCGUACAUGCAUGUCAGCGCAGCGUCCGUCGUCAGGACCAAAACCGUCGGUAUGUUCCAGACGGUAGAAUGUCUACCAACAUGUGAAACGAAGUCGCUGGUAAACAUCGAAGGGGACUACGAGUGGCUAUUUAUCUCCAGAAUCUUCGAAGUGUUUGCCUGCUUUUUGUGUAUUGUGGCAAUAAUUCUGCACGUGCUGUAUCUUCCUGUAAGGAAGGAAGGGAUUCGAUCGGUUGCCAUAUAUCUACUCGGGGGUGCGGGUUUGUUUUCACUUGGAGGAGCCUUCGUGUUCGCGGCCUUGUACGACUCUCUCGGUAACGAUCUGUCAGCCGGAACUAAUUCGGUAAACUUUCCCUUCGGAAUAAAUAUUCUGGCGGGAUUUCUACACAUACUCGCGUCAGCUUUGACAGCCGUCGCAACAGUAAAGGCUGCAGGUCAUGGAGGGGACAACGAGGAAGCGUACAUUGUCUAACCGGAACCGGAACUCAGAAAGAAAGUAAUGAAAGUGAAAAGGACGAAAAUGUGAUAACGUUUUACAUUUGAUCCUGCAAAGAAGUUGUAAAAUCACUUAAUAGGAGGUCAUAGUGUUAAUGAGAUUUUGGAUAUUGAUUUUAGAUAAGUCAUCUCAUACAUUGACGUUCAGUUGCCAUGCUACUUGUAAAUACGCUUCAUAUUGACCCUAGCUACAUGUCUGCAUGUAUAAAAAUGUCUUGCAAUUAGAACUAGAUAACUAAGUGGCAUGAGACGAAAAAGACAGUCGUUUGUGGUUUGGAAAUUACACUGACAUGCUAAGAAGAUGUACCUACAGGUAGGUCAUAUAGCGGCAAGGUGGAAAUAUCCGAAGUAGGGAGAGAUCUAGCCGAUUGUUUUACAUGACGAAUCUCCGGCAAGUUUGAUAUCAACAUACACAACUUUAAUACAAUGUGGGAAGGUAUAAUGUUUGAGAUUUUAGAGCAAUCUAGAUCUAACUCCUUAAUUGAUCAUCGUCAUUUCCGUGUGGUGUUAAAUCUAUGAUGUCUAUUAAACAGUUAUUGUAACCCA